AUUUAUAUAUACAAUCAUAUCAUUAUGAUGCCAAUGUGAAUAGUUUUUCUUUCUCCAUAUUUUUUUCAGGAAGUAUAUUUACUUAUGUACCCUCUAACUAUAAAUCAAUUAUAUUGCUUCUAAUAAUGGCUAGUUCACUAAAGAGGUUUAUAUAUCAAAAUUAUUUUAUGAAAAGAAUUAAUUGUUGCUUGACAAUUCUUGCAAUAUUAUUUGUUUUCAUUAUGUUAAAAGGUUGGUUGAGAGAAGGAGAAGAUGAGUCCGUUGAAGCCUUAUAUGCCAAGGAUCCAGGCCUUUGCAACCAAAAUAUUCAGUCCCUUCACUUGCAGAUUCGGGAGCUGAAGGCACAGCUGCUAACAAAUGGGUUAUCUGUUCCUGAUACCUCUAACCUUCCCACCAUUUUCGUCAUCACACCAACCUACGCUCGACCCAACCAGCUGGCCGAGUUGAACAGGUUGCGCAAUGUGCUGCUGCACAUACCUCAAGUUUGGUGGCUGUUGGUAGAAGACAGGGAGGAGAAAAGUGAGCUUGUAAAAAAUUUCCUGACGCAUUCAGGAGUCCCACACACACACCUCCACCAGCCGACUCCACCUGAGUGGAAGGUCAAGGACAAGUCUCCUCGCUGGACAAAGCCACGAGGUGUGCUGCAACGCAAUGCUGCCCUUGACUGGCUGCGCAAAAAUGCUGAUCCUCAUCUCCCUGCCGUGGUUUACUUUGCUGAUGAUGACAAUUCCUACAGCAUCGAGCUCUUCCAGGAGAUGCGGUGGACGUCGCAAGUGUCGGUGUGGCCGGUGGGGCUGGUGGGGGGCGUGAUGGUAGAGCGCCCUCUGUGUCUCUGUCGCCAAGGUGUCGAGCCUGAUCAGGCCAGACCCAUGGUCACGGGGUGGCUGGUCGGCUGGAAACCUGAACGGCCUUUUCCCACCGACAUGGCAGGCUUUGCUGUUAAUUUACGUCUGCUACUUGACAAUCCUGAUGCCAGCUUCUCACUCGAGAGCGAGAUUGGCUUCAUGGAGACUGACUUUCUCAGUCGCAUCGUCACCAAAGAGGAGCUUGAGCCCAAAGCGGAAUGUUGUACCAAGGUAUUGGUGUGGCAUAUGAACGCCGUAAACCCGAACCUCAAGGAUGAAGUUCGACUUCGUCAGCUUGGAAGACAAACAGAUAUCGGGAUCGAUGUAUGAAAAAUGCUUCAUUGCUGCUGUGUUUUGCUACAUUUGUUGUUGCACUGGAAACAUUAAUGAAGUUAAGUCGUGUCCCAAAACAGUGCAAACUCGUUUAUUUUGUCUCAGUAAACCCUUAUCCGUCAGCCGUGAGUUUUGUUGUAGAUUUGGCUUUUAUUGAAGCUAUGCUUUCGUUUGUGAGACUAAUUUUUUUUAAUAUUAGUUGUGUUAAGAUUUCACAAGACAUAUUGGUCCUUUGCGAUAUGCCUGAUUCUUGUACCGGAGCCCGUGAGCAUAGAAGAAAUGAAAAUUCAAUGAUGUCAGAAAUUUUCUUUCAUAGCGCCUGUUGAUUGGAUGUUGAAAUAAUAAUUUACCUGCCGUCCAUUGUGAUGUUCAAUUUCGAGCAUAUGCUAUUAUGAGAAUUAAAUUCCAAUUAAGUUUUAACCAUUUGAAUUCCGAGAAGGCUAUAUAUGAUACAAGCCUCAAGGAGCUUAAUGCUUAUAAAUGGCUUUGCUAGAACGAAUUAUAUACGUGAUAGCAUAGACGAGACGUUGUGCUUCACUUGAUCCAUGAGAACCUGAGACUCCGGAACUUCAUUGUUAGUUUUAUGGCUGUAUUUGAGACGAAUCUGCCAGGAGUUAUCGAUCAAAAUAUUCAUCCAAGAACAUAAAAUUUCAUGGUUCUUGGCAAUAUCUAAUUGUGCAUAGAUCAAGAACUGACUUGUUUGAGACGUGUUGAUGCCAUCGAAUCUUGAAAAUCUUCCGUAAGCUUUUGAUCUGGAAGAUAUCUAGUUUUCUCUCUUCUCCCUUGGUUAGUUUCCAGUUCUCGCAUACGUAUAACAAAACUGAAAGAACCAAGCUCUUGAACAGGGAGGUUUUGGUCUUUCUGCUGAUGUUUCUGGCUUGCCAGAUGUUUGUUAGUCUUUUGAAUUGCGCGCUUGCCAUUGCCACUCGCCUCCUCACAUCCACUGUGCUCCCACCAUCCUUAGUGACGUUUGCACCCAGAUAUGUGAAGCUCUCCACUUCCUCCACCUCGCUCUCUCCAGCCCUCAGCCUGUUGUUGCUCCUGCUGCCGACCUUCAAUAUCUUGCAUUUCUUGGCAUUCAGUUUUAGCCCCACUUCUGCUGCAUUGCUCUCUAACCUGGUUGCUUUUUGCUGCUGGUUAUUCAUUGUUGCAUAGAUUGUUUAUCGUUAUUUAUUUACGAGGGAGGUACUUCUGCAGGCAAAUCAUUAUAUACAUCCAAUGUUUGUAUAAACGUUCAGGCACACGUUCCAUAUCAUGGCCAUAUGUGUUCAUAAUUGUGUAAAGCGAACGUGGGCUUGACUCAGCAAUAAUGCGCAUAGCUAUAUUUUUUUAUCUCUAAUUUUUGUACGCUUUUUUCCAUCAGGAUAAUCAUUUGUAUAUAGUAAGUCGAGUUGUCCGAGCAGCUCGUGAACAUGUGGCUAAAACCCAUGUUGAUGUCACAAAAAGUCCUCGUGGCAGUGGAAUGGCAAUUUCGUUACCAUCAUAUACUAUUACUUGUUAAAAUGCAAUCGCAAUCUCAUUACUUUCUUUAAGCGUACGUUAAUCGCCUGUUGGCUCGUUAUUAUAUAUUAUUAUUUCUCGCAACAAAACGAUCUUCGUCGUUCACAAUUUUCUUAUGCCAGCAUCUAGAGAGCAGAAGCAAGGGCUUUUUGAACAAUCAUAUUCCAAACACGUCAAUUUUCCACCAUUGGCGAGGAGCGUGCGGUUGGCGUGCGCUAUACCUCGCAGAUGGAAGCAAGAUGGCACAAUGCCAAUUAGUUUCAAUGAAGUAACACCGCAAUUUGAUUGACCUACCAUAUUUCCAAUACAAUCAUUUUUGAUGAUUUCCCCUGUUUUUUUCUGUAUCUUAUGAAAAUGACCGUGCUUCUGUCAAGCGCCAGUAUUUAAUUGAUUUUAUGUCCACGUCGAAAUGCAAUUCAACCUGAUUAAGAAAGGUUUCUGUGCCGACCAGCGAAUGAUUUAUCUGGCUAACAUUGCAAAGUUAAACAAUAUACUUCCUUUGUCGUUGAAUGGACGAAUGACUGCUUCCAAUCUCUAUGCGAAUUCUGAUUUUUCACAUUCUUCUUAAUUUUCAACUUCUAAAACCUAGAACUCAGAUUGUGGUAACAACAAGAAUAUGAAGGGCAUUGACCUUCGCUAAUCUGUUCAUUAGAUUUAUAUAAACCAGGUCCUUCCAUUACUUCACUCGAAUUUGUUGACACUAUUUGAUAAGAAUUUGUGUUCGUUUUAUAAACAUUUCAUAGUUAAUACUAAUCAUUUCAACGUGAUUACUUACAAAUACGUCGAUAAAUGGAAUUUUAUUACAUUGUUGAAUCUUUUUGACAUAUUAAUAAUCAAACUUCUAUCUUAUUGAAAGAAAUUAUUUGUACAGAAGCAGGACUACGCUCAUGACGUAUUCGAAUGAUUGAGGUUGAAGCAUGUACGUGGCUGAAAGACUUCGCUCAUGGCGUGUUAUGAUAAUAGAAGUUGAAGGCAUGUACAUGAACUGCAUCAUCGUUGUUGAAGCAUACGGUCUAAAAAAAACUUGAACAUUAAAAUGUUAUAUUUUCACGCAGAUUUUCAACUGAUUCAACAACAUAGUCUUCUGUAAAUAA